AGACCACCGAGAUCAUCUGUCUCACACUGCAGAAAAGCCACAUCUUUGAACUGAGCCACAUGAUGGACAAAAACGUGAUGGUUGACCUAAAUGUGGAUUUGUCUGAAGAUGAUGUGCAAAAGAUGCUUGAUCACAUUAACCAGCUUGAUGAAAUCAGGAUGGACCUGUACUUCCGGAUGGUGUUCUUGUUCCAGGAAGUGUCCUGUUCUCACUUUAUCAGUGAAUUCAAAGAGCGACAGCCCAGGAUGCUCCAGUUUCUAAAGGAGCUGGAGGAGAUUGCUGUUCAGCUUGACAAGAUGAAUAAAGGUGCAAAGAUCUCCAGUGUGGCAGGCAGCUCAGUGGGGGCGGUUGGAGGUGUGCUGUCCAUUGUUGGUUUGGCACUGAUUCCUUUCACAGCUGGAGGUUCUUUAGCUCUGACAAUAGGUGGAUUGGGACUUGGGAUCACCAGUGGAGUCAACAGCAUUGUCACCACAGCAGCAGAGGCUGGAGUGAACGCUACGCAAAAAAAGAAAGCUGGUGACGUCAUCCAGAGCUUCAUGAAAGACAUGCAGAUUGUCCAGGGUUGUCUGGAGGAGGUGGCCAAUCAGCCAGUCGCCAAAGUAGGAGCGAAGCUGAUAGAGAUUUUUGUGGCAUUUAUUAAAAUAGGCGUUAAGACAUAUUCUGUUAAAAGACAAAUUGGUUUACUUACUGAGGCAGUCUCUGCUGCUAAGGCGCUGAGAAAUGAGGAGCUGAUUUCAAGUGUUGGCGCUGAGGCAGUUCAGGAAGUAAACAUAGCACGUGCUGCAGAAAGUGUGGCCUCAGAGCUUCCAGAAGUAACUGAGGCAGCAGUCGAGGGGCCUCUGUCUCUGUCCAGGACAGUCAGGAUGGGUUCUGCUGCUCUCAAUGCUCUUUUCAUUGGGGUAGAUGUCUACUUCAUCUGCAAAGACAGCAUCAGUCUGGCCAAAGGCACCGAGACUGAAGUGUCAAAGUUCAUCAGAGCCAGAGCUGCUCUGUGGAACGCUGAGAUGGACUCGUGGGAGAGAAUCUGUGAAUCGCUGUGCAAAGGCCAGCCGACAUCAAAGAAAAUGAAAGCUGUCCUUGAGUCGCCAUUUUAUCCAGAUACAGAUUAG